UAUGUAUUGUUUGUAAACACAUUGUAGUGGUGUUUUCUGCUUUAAUUUUUUUAAAGAUAUUCUACGUGAAUUAACAGUUAUUUCAAUGAGAAACAGAAAAAUUCGAAUGUGCCGUUUAUGUUUAUCGAAAACUGCUAUACUACGAUCAAUUUUUACUAUAUUCCGGAAUCACAAUCUGGUGUUUAUCAUUCGGGACUUUGUCAAGUUGGAGAUCAGGGAAGACGAUGAACUCCCGAAACUAAUAUGCAAGUCGUGUGCCGUAAAGCUUAUUCGCGUGCGUGAAAAUGUAACGCUAUUUAUCGAUAGCGACCGGAAGUUGCGCGAUAAAUUACAGAAUGACACUGAGUUACCAGAUGUGGAUGAGCUGCGACAAGUCAAACGGAGGAAAUACAAUCGUCGGGAAGUGGAUAGCGAUUUCGAAACAGAGGAAGAACAUUCCGAUGACGAAGAGGAAUUGGUUGAGGUAUCGAUUAAGAAGGAAGAGUCGGAGUGUAAAGACUUGGCGCUGAGUUCGGACAAAGAUUUAAAAGUUAACCUUUUUGAAUUCAAUGAGGUCAAAGAAGAGGUUUUGGAUAGCGAUGCAGAAGAAGAUCUUCCUUUGACUGCUUUUCGGAAGACGAUCAUCGACAGUAGUAUCCCGGUUGGUCAGUCUGUUAAAGAAGGGAAGGAUGAGAAGAGCCCGUCGGUGACAGCCCAAGAAGAGUUCAAAUUAGAAAUUGACGAUCCUACAUCGAUUUCUGUGCUUUUGGCCAACAAAGUGGAGACAGAAAUCGACGAUACUAACGCGUCAUGCACAAGUCUGGCUCAGUCUGGCAAUGAUUCGGAAUAUGAGACUCCGAAGGCAAAAAAAGCAAAAAGAACACUAGUGAAAAAACAAAAAUAUUCCAGAAAAAAGAGUACUAAGAGAACCUCGAGUGACAAUAGGUCGUUGAAAUAUGAGAUUGUGUCAGAUGUUGGUGAAGAAACAGACGACGAGGACAAAGAUGAAACAUAUGAACUUAUUAUAGAUGAGUCUAAACAAGAGUACGAUGAUACCUCCGAUCAAACGGAUGAUGCUUUUUCAGAGAAUAUGAAGCUAGAGAAGGCAACGAUUAAGAAGAAAAGAGGUAGGCCGAAAGCUUCAGUGAAAUCACCGAAAAAGAAGAGGAAAGGUCGCAUUCCGAAAAAAGCGGCCGAAAAACAAGAACCAGUUCCAUCGUUACACGAUUACAAAUGUUACAUUUGCAACAGUGAGUCACUUGGGUCUAGAAAGGCCAUGAUAGAACACUUCUCCGUGCACAUGGAUAAGGUCCCUCACACUUGCAAAGAAUGUGUGAUGGAAACGGUUGUUCUAACUCGGGUUCGUACAUUAAACACCCAUAUGAAGAUGCAUGCACAACCCGUAAAAUGCGACUACUGUGAUCGUCGCUAUAGUAAUGCGGCUGGUAAAUACUAUCACACACAGACAUUCCACCUGGGAGGAGGUGCUCCCUGUUUGGUCAAUUGUGAAAUUUGUGGUAAAACCUGUGGAUCGCAGACAGCUUUAAAGCAGCAUAUGAAGUACCAUACAACCAAGUUGAAGUGUGGAAAAUGCGAUAUGGUGUUCAAUCACCCCAACAAACGGAGGAAUCACGAAAGAUUGCACGAUGAAAAUCGUGGAUAUGAAUGUGUAGUGUGUAAAAAGGUUCUACAAACCAUCGAGUCUUACGACGUACAUCUCAAGAAACACAGUCAGGAACGCAGUUAUCAAUGUCAUUUAUGUCCGAAAAAGUUCAAUACAUCCUGCAACCUAAUUUUGCAUCUGAAGGUACACGCCAAAAAUGACAACUAUAAACCAGCCAAAUCUUGGAUCGAACACUACACAGUUUUAAGUCGGCAGCCAAUGCACUUUAAAUGCAAUCAUUGCGACCGGUACAAUACUGACAAGGUGAACAACAUGAUUUCCCAUCUACAGGCUCACUUUAAGGAAUACGAAUGUGACCAGUGUCAGCACAAGUUUGCCACAGCCAAACAGCUUCGGGCACAUUACACCACGCAUACUGGCGAGAAGCCAGAAAAGUGCAAAUACUGCGAAAAGGUUUUCUCCACCAAAAACAAUCUACGAAUACAUCUAAAGGCGUCGCAUCCGGAAUGGGUUCCCCAUCGUCAACAGCAGGCAUCCAUGGCAGAGGUGCAACCAGAGCCAAUCGAUACGUCGCAAGCUCAACCUCAGUCCACUGGCGGCUCCCCGCAUUCGACAGUAUAUGAAAAUUCUACGGUGGCGACUACGACAUUUAAUAAUCUGAAUGAAACCCCGCAUCUUGUGAUGGGAGGCACACAGCAAUCUCAGCAUCAGCUACAAACAUUCAGUGUUUUACGACGUUGAGGUAAGUGUAAGGAGAAUUUGAUACAUAUAUUCACUAGAAAUUGGGA